GGCGCCACAGUUUCUCCACGCGGAAUUAUGGGAAGUCGUCGCUUCAGAUUGACUUGUUAGCCAUCUGUUCCCCUGGGUUUGAGUUAUUUUAGCCAGGGACCUCUAGAAUGUCCCCUAGAUGCUUUUGAGAUCGACAGUUCUCAAAAGCAUUUGAGGAGACUAGGAAGAAGUGAAGUUUGAAAGUCCUGACUUCCCAAAAAGCACCGUGCGGAGCCCCGGGCUCUGCACCUCCUGGAAGGAACGCUAAAUGAUGAACACUCCCAAGGAGGCGGUGACAUUCAAGGAUGUGGCUGUGGCCUUCACGGAGGAGGAGCUGAAGCUGCUGGACUCCUCCCAGAGGAAGCUGUACCAAGAGGUGAUGGUGGAGAAUUUUAGGAACCUGCUCUCAGUGGGAAUUAACAGUCAGAGCGAGUUGAGAGCUGUCCAAGAUGGAAGAUCACGUGAAGCCCUUUCCUGCUGGCACAUCUGGCAGCGGGUCAUGGACGACUUAAGCAGGUGUCAGGACUCCAUGGUGACUAGCACGCAGUUACAGGGUGACUCCCCCUGCCUGGGCGGGCGAUGGUCAUCUGCACACGUUUCUGAAGAUGAGAACUAUACCCAGAGUCAUAAGGCAAAGGUUCCCGCGGAUACUGGAAGGCUCCCACUUCCAACGUUGAGAGCCCAGGGUUCUUGGCAAAAAGUUUUCCUGACUGAGCCACAGAGUCCUAAGAAUGGAUACCAACCAAUUUCCACAAGAAGUGAACGGGGUCAGAGUAAACAGGAUAUGGACUCUGUAGGUCGGAUUUCGCGUUCCCUCAAUGGUCACAGAGUACACAAAAGUAAAGAUGGUCACAGCCCCAGUGGUUGUGUGAGAGAGAACAUAAAGGCGGCAACCUUUGAUCAGAAUAGAACCAUUCACGCUGGACAGAAAAAUAAUGAUCUCUCCAGCUUUGACCCCCACAAACGGUCAGACCCGAGAGAGAGGUCUUGCACAUGUGUGGAAUGUGGAAAAGGUUUCCGUUAUAGCGCAGAUGGUUGUGUUCGUCAGGGAGGUCACACGGGAGAAAGACAUCAGGGACUUGGCCAUGAUCCGCAUCCACACAUCCCUCAGGUCCCUGCGGCAGUGAAACCAUACGAAUGUGAGCGCUGCGGGAAACUCUUCCGCUGUAGAUCUGCACUUAAUGUUCAUUUUAAAGUCCACACCAGGGAGAGGCCAUAUGUCUGUGAGGCGUGUGGGAGCGCCUUCAGCCAGGCCUCCCACCUUCAGGACCAUCAGAGACUCCACACCGGGGAGAAGCCAUUCAAAUGUGACGCGUGCGGCAAGAGCUUCAGUCGGAAUUCACACCUUCGGUCCCAUCAGAGAGUACACACAGGUGAGAAACCCUACAAAUGCGAGGAGUGCGGCAAGAACUUCAUUUGCAGCUCAAAUCUCUAUAUCCAUCAGAGAGUCCACACCGGAGAAAAGCCCUAUAAGUGUGUGGACUGUGGGAAAGAGUUUAGUCGCCCUUCCAGUCUCCAGGCCCAUCAGGGCAUACACACCGGAGAGAAAUCCUAUGUUUGUACUGUGUGCGGGAAAGGCUACACCCUGAAUUCAAACCUUCAAGUCCAUCUGCGCGUCCACACUGGAGAGAAGCCAUACAAGUGCGACGUGUGUGGGAAAGUCUUCAGCCGCUCUUCACAACUACAGUCUCAUCAGAGAGUUCACACAGGGGAGAAACCUUACAAGUGUGAGGUUUGCGGUAAGAGCUUUGGUUGGCGGUCAAAUCUUCUAAUUCAUCACCGAAUCCACAGCAGUGAUAGGGCUUCUAAGAGCACGAGAGAUGGCAAAAACAUCAGGGAAUCUGUUCAGGAAAAACAUUCUGUAAAAUAA